UAAAAAUAUUCACAACAGCUUUCCCGCGGAUCGCCCUUUCCUAUACUUGGUCUCCACCAACAAGAUGGCUAGAUUCUCUGCCAUUUUCACGAUCAAGAGCUCCCUCCUGGCCCGCUCAGGUCCAUGCCUCUGGACUGGGAGGGAAGAUGCGUCUGUUGUUCGACGGCUACGAAGUUCAGCGAAGCACCAGUAUGCUCUUGUCUUAGUACCACUACUUAUCUGCCAGCAUCCACUCUUUCUGCGACCUUCGCCCACUUUUCGCGGGUUUGUUAUUCCAUUAGUUAGAUUCUUACCGUGUAUACAAUUGUGCCGAAGGGGAACAUUGCCGCCCGCCCCCCUCUACGCGGCGGCGACGAAUCUUCUUUGUUCUGACAUCUUGGUGCUUUGUUGACUGAUACGCGCUUCCGCUCUUCGUGGUUUUCCGCACCAAUCACAGGUACAGCAGGCCGUGAUAGCCUGCCCCAACAGGAGACCUCAGACGGUUGCCACCACACAAACUUAUCCCUCUGACUUCCCGAUUCUCGAUGCUCUUCAAUCAAUGGCAUCUUCUCGUCAGGAUGCCUUCACAGAGGCCCAAGGUCCCGUGUCUAGCGACGAGACACCACAACUCGAACACGAACAGCCAGAUGUAGAUGCGGCUCAAACUUUACCGGACGCAGAUCCACCGGACCCAUCGAGCAGAUCGCGAACAAGAUCGUCCCUGGCGUGCUUUAUGUGCCAAAAGAAAAAGAUCAAAUGUACAGGCACAUUCCCGUGCGCGAAUUGUCUGCGUCGGAAUUGGUCCUGCAGGUUCGAUGCAGAGGCUGACGGGAGGAGGAAGGCCAACAACCGCCGCACGGUACAAGGCUUGAACGAGGCAAUGGAGCAGCUCCGGCGACAGAGGCAGAUGAUCUCCGGAAUUCUUGCUAUCAUCAAGGCUGGGGAUCCGGACGCCAUUAGAGGCUUCGUCGAGCAGGUGAACAAGACGGAGAAUCUUGCCGAGAUCGCGGGGUUUGUUCAAGGUGAAGUCGAAAGAGACGAGAAGAUUCAUAAAGCAUACGAGGACGUUGACUGGACCUCAGAGGCAGCCCAGCUUUGAAUCCCAAAAUAAUCCGAGAUGAGAUGCGACGCAUGCGACCGACGCCUACAUCCGCCUUGGAUGCUGAACAGCCUUGUAGGCAGUUGAUUUCCUGAAGGACUCGAGAUUGCGAGCUGAAUCAUACGCGGGAGCUACCGUGGGCGACACCAGUCCCAGCUCGACCACUUCUAGCGCACAUCAUGCUCGGUAUACUCGGACGUGCGUGAUGUUCAUCAUGGAAGGCCGGCAAUG